AUGUUCAAUACGCUAACGCUCGCCAGAGCAGCUCCGAUUUUGCAAAGAGCCGUUGCCGUGUCAUCCACACGUUCGACUCCUCGCUCUUUUUCCACAUCAGCAUCCUCAUCCUCAGCAGCUCGCUCUCCGCGACGAUCUGCACGCUUCGCAUCACGCCCCGGAGCAGACAUGGUCGGUCCACCAGAUCCCAUCAGCAACCUUCGCCCAGUUCGAUACGGAUCAGCAUUCGAAGAGGUUUCCUCAUCCUCCUCCAGCAGCCCAUCAUCUCAGGCACUCGCCAUGUCCCAUCCGUACUCGCUGCAAGAGUUCACCACCUCUGGCGACUCGUGGUCACCAUCACGCAACGCCCGCACACCUUCGCUCUACUUCGAACGUCUCCUGUCCAAGCUCGAGGAAGCCGAACUUGCUCACAAGUUGCGCAUGGCAAGAGCAGACAACUUCAACCAGCGCUUCUGGCAGGACAACAACACCAGAUUCAUUCAAGCCCUUUCAGAAUUCCGUUCGAGGACGGGUUCGAGUAAGGCCGUUGCAACGCUUCCGAAGGCCGUCCAAGAGGUGAAUCAAGCGACGCAGGACAGCGAGCUGGAUCUCGACUCUGACUCGUUGGCCACCUUCUACUCGGCCUGGCUCAAGGCCAACUCGGCGAGGCAUAGAGCUUACAAUAGGCAGCUGUGGAGACAGACCUUCGGUGACUUGGCUCCUGCAGCGCGAUACCAGGCGUUGAGAGCGUGGGCCAAGAUGGUCGGCGCUGUCGAAAGGAGGCUCGGUCGCAUCAACUAG